GACGCUACCAUUCUCGUUCUACCGCGUAAGACUUACCGAAGUCUACAGAGAGAGAGAAAUAAAAGAGAAAAAACCACACAAUAAAAUCCCCAAACUUUUUCUAAUGCGUUCUUCUUCAUCGAUUACGAAUAUUCAUGGGGGAUCAGAAAAACCCUAAUAAUCACGAAUCCUCUAUUUCACCACUACUUCCACCUGGUAUUAGAUUUUAUCCAACUGAACAUCAGCUCUUAUCAUUCUAUCUAUACAAUAAAAAUAACAAUCAAAACCCUAAUUUAUCAUUAAUCCCUUCUGCUUCUGGCCUGCAGAACCCCAUUUUUGGCAUUGAUUUUAUUCAAGAGAUUGAUUUUUAUAAGAUUGAUCCUUGUGAUUUAUCUGAGAUUUCUUCUUUUUCUUAUGGUCAUGGCGGAACUAAAAAACACUCUUAUUGUUAUACUAUGAGAAUGGGUAUUGAAGAUUUGGAGAAGCGGAAAGGUAAAGGUGGGUUUUGGAAGUGUAAAGGAGCAAGAAGGAAUGUUUUGAGUGUUGGUGGAGAGAUUAUUUUAGGAACUAAAUGGAGUUUUGUGUUUUAUAGGAGAAAUCGUUCUUCUCGUUCUUCGGUGAAGACCAAUUGGGUUAUGAUUGAGUAUGCCAUAAUUGAUAAUCGACAGGAUGCUUUUGUUCUGUGUCGGGUGUUUCUGAAAUCUGCAAGGAAAAACAGAGUUGAACAUGUCCCUCGCCCUUAUGGUGACAACGUUGCCACAACGCACAACAUUCUUACUGAUGCUCCUUCUAAAAAGCUUGAUAUACCGGUAUUAUCUGCCAGUGGAAAGGUUGUUGCGCAUGAGGACAGAUUUGCUCAGAAAGAUGAAAUUGAGACGUGUCCAUCAAAAUUGACUCGUGAGCUGAAUGAUGUGAUUAGUUCCCAGCAAGUUUCAGAUGGCGGAUCUGGGUCACCAGUGGGCACUCCUCAGGCAAACAACCCAGUGAAAUUGUCGGAUGGGAUUAUUGGUGGUGGCAUCAUAUCCUAUGAUGCUAUGGUGGACAAGUUUUGUACAGAUCCAACAAUUUUCGAGGGUGAUUUCUUAGAGUUGGAUGAUUUGUUGUCCCCUCUUGAGGAUGCUGAUGCUUCAGGUUAAAGGCGGCUGGGAACUCUUUAUGAAGAGAUACAUGGAAAUCCUUCGUUUGAUAAUUUGACUAAAUUAUUGCUUACGACCUCUGGCUUAGUGUGGGGUUAAAAAAGGGAAAGAGCAUCAAAGGGAUGCAAGAAGAAAACUGAGACUGAUAAUGAGUAGGAAGACUUUACUUCCAAUUUUGCAGUGUACAGUGGGGUCUUGGCAGAUUCUGUGCACAUAGAAAGGUAAUUCAUUACCUGAUAUCAAGUCAUAUCCCAAUGUGAUUUUCUGUGGGUAUUGAAGAAUAUCUCCGUAUACAUUAUUACUAUGCUGGCGUUCUCAAGAUUUGUAUCGAUCUGUCUCUGUGCAAUGUAACAGGGCACAUUGCUGCAUUCGGGGACGCUAGGAGAUUCAAACUACUGAUUUGCCAGAGAAAUACAUGAUUAAAAGGCAAUACCUAUUGCCUUACAUCACCACUUCUGACUUCGGUUGAAACCUGGCCACUUUCUGUAUGGCGGAGGUAGUUUUAUUUUAUUUUACUUUCUUGUAAUAUCCCCCUGUAUCCAGGAUUCAAUAUUAGGAGGGAAAUUAUCCACAUAUUCAAAAGAAGUACCAGAACUUCUACACUUCUUUGCUACUAAGUCUGCCACUAUUCUUAGUUCUUUA